UUCUGCCUGCCUGCGAUGGCUGUGACGGCGCGAUGCUGUUACAGUGUAAAGGAGAACGUGCCUUUUUCUCUGUAUUUGGUCAUUUUCGUACUCGGUGGCCUUACAAACGCACAAAUCCGGUACUCCAUUCCGGAGGAGCUGGAGAACGGGGCAUUGGUCGGUGACAUUGUCCGGGAUUUGGGUCUGGACCUGAGGAAACUUUCCACCCGACGCAUCAGAAUCACAUCGGACAGUGGACGGAGAUAUUUCACCAUAAAUCACAAAACCGGGAAGCUGGUGGUGAGCGACCGCAUCGACAGAGAGACGGUCUGUGAAUUCAGUGGUACCUGUUCACGUAACCUGGAGGUGGUGUUAGAAAACCCACUUGAGGUGCACAACGUGGAGGUGGAGAUCUUGGACGUAAACGAUAACGCACCACAGUUCCCUCGAGAUGAGUAUCAGCUUGAGGUGUCGGAAUCCGCUCUCACCGGGUCGCGGUUACACAUUGAGGGAGCUCAGGAUGCAGAUGACGGCUCAAACUCCGUGAAGCAGUACAGACUCAGCCCAAACGACCACCUCACUCUGGACUCCGUCAAGCCCCUCUCCAAUAAGCACAUUGAGCUCGUUCUCAAAAAGCAAUUUGACCGCGAGCAGGUGCCUUCUCAUCAGCUAAUCCUGACGGCACUGGAUGGAGGCACCCCACAGCGAACUGGCACGGCCAAAAUCAAUGUACGCAUCCUUGAUGCCAAUGACAACGUGCCCGCGUUUGACAGCUCCGUGUACAAAGUAAAGCUGUCUGAAAACUCUCCAAAAGGCGCACUUGUGAUCAAGCUAAAUGCAACAGACCCCGACGAGGGCUCAAAUGGAGAAGUUUUUUACUCCUUCAGCAGUUACACACCCGAGAGAGUCAGGCAGAUGUUUUCCAUGGACACAGACACAGGGGAAAUUCGGGUGAAAAACAAUAUAGACUACGAGGAGACAAACUCAUAUGAAAUGUACAUACAGGCGAUGGACAAAGGGCCAGCUCCCGUGGCAGUGCACUGUAAAGUAGUUGUAGAAGUUCUGGAUGUCAAUGACAACAUUCCUGAGAUUGUACUAUCUUCACUCUCCAGCCCUGUACGUGAAGACGCCCGGGCUGACACGGUUGUGGCAUUGAUCAGCGUGAACGACCGUGACUCUGGACUGAACAAACAAGUAACCCUGGAGAUCAUGCCCAAUUUGCCCUUUAAGAUCAAGUCCUUCCGGAAUCACUAUACCAUCGUCACAUCCGCCUUUUUGGACCGGGAAACCAUUUCCUCCUACAAUGUCACCGUCAACGCUGUAGAUGGAGGCACUCCACCCCUGUCAUCUCAAAUGACCUUUAAGGUGGAUGUUGCAGACGUGAACGAUAACCCACCUCGCUUUGAACAGACUUCAUACACUGUUUAUAUCACAGAGAACAAUGCUCCUGGUGCACCUCUGUGUGUUGUCAAGGCCACAGAUGCUGACGCUGCAGAAAAUGCACGUAUCACCUAUACUGUCCUCAAUGACAACAACCACGGUAUCCCUGUAGCCAGCUACGUCAGCAUCAAACCUGAUACAGGUGAGGCCUAUGCCCUGCGAGCCUUUGACUUUGAGAAGCUGAGAGAAUUUCACUUUCAGAUUAAAGCCCAGGACAAUGGAGUGCCUCCCCUCAGCCGCGUUGCCACGGUGUAUGUUUACAUUAUGGAUCAGAAUGACCAUGUGCCCAAGAUAGUCUACCCACCCGCCAAUGGGAGCCGCAUCUCUGAGACGCUGAUGAAGAAUGCUGAAGCAGGAGUGCUGGUUAGCAAGGUGACAGCGUGGGAUGGUGACGCAGGGCAGAAUGCUUGGCUUCUCUAUGCCAUGGAGCAGACCAACACAGACCUUGACCUGUUCAAGGUGCACGAGUACACAGGUGAGAUCCGAACCACAAGACGUGUCAUCGAGGACAAUUCCACUUCCUUCGUUCUGACAGUGUUGGUGCGUGACAACGGACUCCCGCCCCUCUCCUCCACCGCCACCAUCCACGUGUACGUGAUGGAGCUGCCUCCAAAGUUGACCCCUGACCCCAAGCGCAUCAUCAGGCCCAACAGCCCCUUAAUGUUUUCCAAUGUCACCCUCUACCUCAUCAUUGCCCUGAGUGCUACAACUUUCGUGUUCCUGGUCACUGUCUGUGUGCUGGCCAUUGUGCGCUGCCAUGCUUACUGUACCCAGCCUGGCUCCUGCUCCCCAUGUUGCGUAUCCAAGAAGAGUGCUCCAGAGGGGGGCACCUCAGCAGGUGGUGGUGCAGGUGGAGGUAGAGCUGCAGGUGGAGGGGGUGGUGGGCAGCCAAACAACAAUGUGGCCCUGCGCCGUGACCUCAAAGUGGAACCGCAUUAUAUUGAAGUGCGGGGAAAUGGGUCAUUGACCAAAACAUACUGUUACAAGACAUGCCUGACUGCUACAUCAGGAAGUGACACUUUUAUGUUCUACAACACAGGACGGCCUCAUAGUGGCACCUGGGGCUCAGGCUACGUCACCAGUCACAGCGGACAGAGCCAGAUAUUUGUACGGCGUCUCAGUAUGCCAGACGCAACUGCAAUUCAGCCCAAGGCGCCAAAUGCAGACUGGAGAUAUUCAGCCUCCCUGAGAGCAGGGGGUGUAAUGCAGAGCUCAGUGCACAUGGAGGAGUCUUCUGUAAUGCAAGGAGCACAGGGGGUCCUGGUCCAGAACUGGCCCACUGCAUCGAGCGCCGCUGAUGGCGAAGGGGGAGAGGUGUCGCCCCCAAUGGGUGCUGGUGUAGACAGCAACAGCUGGCACUUUCGCUAUGGCCCCGGUGGUCCUGGUGCACCCCCACAACACCUGAAACCUGGUGAGGUUCCCCCAGAAGCCUUCAUCAUCCCUGGCUCCCCCGCCAUAAUAUCCAUCAGACAAAACCAGGGAGGAGAGGACGACAAGAGCGACUUCAUCACCUUUGGAAAGAAAGAGGAGGCCAAGAAGAAGAAAAAGAAGAAGAAGGAGAAGAAAGACAAGAAGGAUAAGGGGAAGGAUGAUGGAGAUGAGUAGAGGAGCAGAAAGAAAAAAUAGCAAAGAAGAAAAGGGCGUUGUUAAAACAGAGGUACCAACCAAAGUCCACUGGGCAAAAAGAAAAUGUGAAAACUACCAUAGAUUUUCCAUUGUAUUUAAUUUCCUAUUUUUACUGAUAACAUUUUAAAGCUCUUUCUGUUAAGAACCUGGCCUUACCAAGAUUUUUUUUUUUUACCUUCAGUCCCUUGCUGAGGUAAAUCGUUGAUCUUGCCUUGAUAAACAAUAAAAUGAUUGAUUUUGCUCCAAGCCCCUAUGUGCCUACACACCCUGAGUCAACUCAUGUCAGUUGUCCUUUCCAGUAAGGAAGGACCUCUCUUUGCCCUCGUCUUGAAUUCUUUCUCCUUUAACCCACUGGGCCCGUUGGCACCUCUGUCUUACCCCCUCCCCAACUAUAAUGUGUAAACCAUUCUUCUGAGAGAAGACAAAUGCUUUGUACAAGAAAAACAAAAAGCUCUGUGCCAGCCAAGGAAAAGAAGAAAGACACAGAAGAUUGACACAGAUAUAUGCGAUCUGGAGCUGGACACACACUACUUGUAAAUAUCACUGACAAGAGUCACUGAAACUAAGGCUAACAUGACACAGCUGCAGAUUCCUCUGGUAAUUACCAACAGUCUUUCCUGAGAUCUCAAUGAAACCACAUGCACACACACGCAUGCUCACACAGUCAAACAUGCAAACAAAAAUAAACACUCACUUACCGUGGCUAAGUGGACACGGAAAGCACUUGAGACCUAGAGAGAAGGAGAUAAAUAAAAAAAAGGAGCGAAAAACAAGUGACAUUAGAGAUGUGCUUGAAAGUAGACACUGCAAGCUAUUUUCCCUGCACAGUCCUCUAUGCGGUGCACAUGUGUACAUCAACUCUCUCAGGAUGGAACCAGCAUCCUUUGCAGUCACUCUGUAAUAGCUCACUGCAUUUGAAGGACACAGAGAGCUUCAUCUCCAGCCAGAAGCCCAUCUGAGGAAUGCAGAGAGCACCAGAAAGAUGGAGAGAUGGGAAGAUACCUCACAUUCUCCUGAGGAUCACAGAGGGCAGAGUCCAGCUGAGCUGGCUUGUGACUACGCUUUCAGUCAGUGGACUCUGAUGAAACCGAAUACAGAAUAUAAGGAGUGUCUCGAGAUUUUGAUAACACCUUCUCUUCUCCCCCUGCCGCAGCAAAAGCCUAAUGCUUUCUGCUUUGAAUGUUUGGUAGCAACCAGUCCUUACCUGAUACCUUGAGUUUACAACUGCUCACCUGCUUGUACUAGCCCCAAGCUGCCACGAGCCAUCUUCUCCUCCCCCAACUGCCUUUUUCCCCACAGUCACCCAUCCCACUUACUGCCUCUUCAUGUGAUGAUGAAGUUUGUGAAGUUAUUCUGUUUUCAUUCAUUCUCUAAAGAGAUUUGUUAUUACACACUCUGGAUUUUUUUUAUAUUAUUCCUCAUAGCUUUAACUGCUUUUUGCGUGUAAUGCCCAUCUAACCCAAUCUAUCCUCAAGACGCUGCCCCUAACCCCCGCUCUGACCCCCUGCUCAGGAUUGAUCCCUGGGAAUGGCCUGCUCUGAACAUUGUGGUGUGCUGAGAACAGCAUGGAGUAAUGUGGAUAAGGCCUGGGGAAGCCCAGUCGGGGCUCUACACCCUGAACUCUUGUCGGACGUCUCUGUAAGUGCAAAACGGUUCAGUGCUUUUAACUUGUGAAUACUACAGUACGCUUAUCAUUUCCUGUUUGUAGCCACUGAUGAGAGGGGACCAGGUGGGAUGGGGCAGAUUACAGGGGUGGAGGACUGGGAUAAAGUGAGGAGACAGGUGCCGUGGGCUGGCCCUCCCCCUCCUUGUACAAGAGAAGAAGGAAGUUGUUCUCCACAUUGAUUGUUUAGGAUCGUUGAGUCACAUAUUAGCUUUUAUGUACGCUGUAAAUGUAGCGUAGACUUUUCAUAGAUUGUCUCUACAUUAGUAAUUGAAACCUGCUAAAAAUAUGGGCAUCUAGGGAUUCCCAUCCCACAGCUAUAUCCCACCAAUCCUCUCUCAGGAGGUUUUGAAAAAGGGGCACACACAUGCCUCAAGACCUGCUUCUGUUGGUUCCCCUCCCUUGCCUGUAACUUGUUGCCACGUCCCCAAAGUUUUGCGGCUCAGUAUGAUGUCACUGCAUUAAGUGGCUGCUGCAUGUACUGCUCUAAGGAAACACAUACUAUAUAGAGAAAUAUAUAUAUAAAUAGAUAGAUGGCUAUGAUUUUAUUCUUUUGUAUUAUCAUUUUUCUUUAUUAUUCGCACAGGAGAUAUUUGUAUGUACUUCUGUCUUUGCCAAACAUCUACGUACUACAAUCUUCAUGCUCCACAGAUGUUGUAUGGCAUCCACUAAACCUCUUUAAAUAUUUGUAAAUGCUAUAGUGUGAUACCUUCAAAGCAAGUUUUAUUAUUUUUUUCUUUUACCAACUAUGAUUUUUGCUUUUGAGAAUAAGCAGAGCAAGAAAAAAAAGGAAAAAAAAUCACUCUGUGUCUGGCUUUGACAUGACGAUCUAACUAACACUGUAAUAUUGUAACUGAAAUAUGUAUGAUCCUAUGAUGAGCUAUCACUUCCCUUUCACUCUUAACAAAAAGAAAAAAGACAGAAAAAAAUACACCAGUGUUUAAAAAAAAAAAAAAAAAAAAAAAAAAAAA